ACCAUUAGCGUCAGUAAGCUGAUUUAGCAGGUAUAUUUGAAAGGUCUCGUCCACGUCGUUGCGCGAAGCUUAAGAAAACUGCUCGACUUCACUGUGUCAUGCAGAGGCUGACCAUAACAAGUACAGAACGGCGCACGGCAUAGAUGUACUAAAGUAACUUCAUAAUCACUGAUAGUCUAAAUGACGUCUAGCCAGUGGUGAACUUCAAGCGGGCUCAAAAGAAUAACAAAUGCUGCUUGGACAAUAAUGGUAAUGUGAAGUUCUUCUACUAAGUGAGAAGAUAAGAAUGCAAUGCAGCUCUGUGAUUGCAGUGUUUCCGUACCGGUUUUAAUUUUUGUGUCGGAUACUUUCGAUAGAAGUAGAAUUAGUGACCGAUUCCAGCACUUGAAAUUGCUGUAAAAUUGCUGGGUAAAGAGGCCUCACGUCAACACCUAAUAUUCAUUGGACGAUGGAUAACAAUCUGGUCUUGGUUUCCCCAUUCAAACAAACUGGACUCUCUAGGCUACAGCAGUGAUCGUAACAGACGAAUAAGAAAACACUUUUAAACGCAGUUUCUACGAAAACGUGCACAGUACUCGUAAUAACAGAACCAGAAGAAAAAAACAGAGUAACGAAGACGAACGGCCGCAGUGGGAAAUCGAACUCCAUAAAGUGUGACAGUGGGAGUGUGAAAAAAUUGUUUGCGCAAGUAACGUGACGAUGGCCUCGGUAGUGAACGGAACCCCCAUUCCUACGAAUGAUGAUCUUGUGCACGGCGAGCUAAAGAACAUCCGAAAUAUGAUUCGGCUGACUCAGACAAACUUGGAGAUGUUGAAUCAACGCUUCUCCGGUUACCAGCACCCGCCUUCCAUCUAUUUACAGGAAUACGAGUACCUUACGUCAAGGCUUGAUGACUUUCAAAGUCGUGAGCAGGAACUUCUUGACGCUCUUGGAGAUCCUUCUACCGGUAGUAGUUCAACAGCAACAGCUAUAGGUGCUAGUGUGACCAGUAGUAUUGGAACUAGCAGUACUGGGUACUCGACAGCUUCUGGGGGUACCGGGUCGUCAUCUUCUACGGCGUCUGCAACAGCCUUGUCAUCAACUUCUGGGGCUAAUUCUGCAGUAAUGGGUUCAUCUUCGGCGUUCAAUGGAAACCAGAGUCCUGAUGAUACUAACUUUGCCGCGGCAUUGUUAGAAGGUGGCGUUGCCAAUUCCAUAGGCGGCCGAGGCGGGGCUACCAGUGGAGACGGCGGAGCGCCACGAUCGCCAAUGCGAAGCGUCGUUCGGAUCGAACUGCCUAACGCUCAGCACACCACAGUACAGGUUCGACCAGGCCAGACUGUCGUGGAAGCGUUGGCAAAGGCGAUGAAGCGACGUAAGUUAAGCCCUGAGAUGUGUCUCGCAUACAAGGCGGAUUCAGGAGAACUUGUUGAUUGGGACACCGAUAUGGGUGCACUCGGAGGGGAUGCUGAGCUUAGCGUACGAAUCAGAGAUAAGUUCCCGGUUACCACAUCGAUAUCACAUAACUACGUCCGCAAGACGUUCUUUUCGUUGGCAUUUUGCGAGUGCUGCCGAAAACUUCUAUUUCAUGGCUUUCGAUGCCAGACCUGUGGCUACAGAUUUCAUCCACGAUGUGCUGACUCCGUACCAGCGUUAUGUCAACCACUUCGAGUCGACCAGCAGUAUUAUAAACAUUUAUUAGCAAUGCAAGACGGCGUUGAGCCACCCCCAGCGCAUUAUAAGCCAUUCAUCGAAGAGGCGUCAUCCCCGCGUGCGAUUCCAGGCGGCGGCGCUGGACGUGGUGGAGAUCCGCAUGAAGGCGCUGCAGGAGCACCCCUUACUGCUCAACGGGAGCGGUCAACAUCAGCGCCGAAUGUUUCCUACAACAUGGUGAACCAGGAUUUCUCUGCUGAUCUGUCCAAAUACAAGUCACAAGUCUACUCAUCACCAGAGAAUUCUCCUCCGAUUGCGCCGCGUGGCCUUGCUUCAGCAUUCGCCACGUCAACUUGGAGCGAUACAAUCUCAUCAGCCUUUCGCGGCCAUCACCACAGUAAUAGUCAGCACAGCUCGACAAGUUCACGGAAACCCAAUAACAGCAACAAACACCAUAGUGUCCAUUUAAAUUCGCCCCAGCAGCAGCAGCAACAGGCGUCCUCGUUGCACAGUAAUUGCAGUUGUGUUUGUACUUCUGCUACUGCCACAGGCAAUAACAAUAUCACCUGCACAGGCAACUGCACAACAAGCACAGCAUGCUGCAAUUGUUGCUGUGGUUGCAGCAAUAAUGGCAGCAGCAGCAGCAGCAGCCAUAGCCACAAUAGUAACAUCAACAUAUGCAGUACUAAUCAUAAUAAUGGUAAUAAUAAUUACAAUCUCAACGGUAGUAAUUCCGCUUCACGCGCAACUUCAGUAGCUGAACACAGCGGUAUACCAAAGCAAUGCCUAAACGACCCGAGCAGCAGCGCGCAGUUACACCCAUCAGUUGCUGGUGGGGGAACGACGAUAGCGCCGACACAAGCUCCUAUGAGCUCCACACAGCCGACACAGUCUUCUGUGAGCGGGGGUGGGAUUAAGGAGUUAGUAAUGACUUCCCUAAGAAACGGCGGGAGUAACAUUACCAAAAUUGCCGGUGGAAGUAGUUCUGGAUCAAACUUUGCGUACAACUCCUUGAUGGUGGGGAGAAACUCUGGAUUGACGACAGGAAGUUUACGACAGCAUAAUCGUAAGAGCGGAACCUCGUCGAGUUUCGGACGGCGGACAGGACUUCAGCGACGAAACAAUUCAUCAGCGAGCCAUAACGAUGUCCCUUUGAACAGUCACAGUAACAAUAGUCGCUAUAACAAUAGCCGUAGUAAUAACAAUAGUGGGAAAACUGGUGGCACAUGGCAGCUUGGUUUUAGUAGCAUAGGUUCGGGCUCCCAGUCAUCUCGUCAUCACCUCAACCAUUCAAAUCAUCAACAGCAGGCCACAACGUUACACAGCAGCUAUUCGGUUAACCGAGGUUCUGGUUUAGUGCCGCCGCGUUGCUCACAGGUAUCAUCUGCCUCACCUACUAGGACGCAAAGUGCUCAGGGUUCACCGACGUCGUCGCACAAGACGCCUAGACCACGGGCCCGCUCUGCAGACGAAUCUUCGAAAAAGGCGGUUAACCAGAAAUCAACGCGUGAAUCAAUCGAGGACUGGGAAAUACUUCCCGAGGAAAUCCUAACAGGUCCUCGUAUUGGGUCGGGUUCCUUUGGAACUGUCUACCGAGGCCAUUGGCACGGUCAUGUCGCCCUCAAGAAGCUCAAUGUCACAAAUCCAACCCCUGCACAGCUUCAGGCCUUCAAAAAUGAGGUGUCGGUGCUACGCAAGACUCGGCAUGUGUCUAUCAUUCUCUUUAUGGGAUGCGUAUCUCGGCCUCAAUUGACCAUUGUGACGCAAUGGUGUGAGGGCUCAUCGUUAUACAAGCAUCUUCAUGUUCUUGAAACAAAAUUUGAGAUGCUGCAAGUAAUCGACAUUGCUCGACAGACUGCCCAAGGCAUGGACUAUCUACACGCGAAGAACAUUAUCCAUAGAGAUCUCAAGUCAAAUAAUAUCUUUCUUCAUGAUGAUUUGACUGUGAAAAUAGGGGACUUCGGUUUGGCGACAGUGAAAGCGCGCUGGAGCGGCUCAAGUCCAUUCUCUCAACCAACAGGGUCAAUCCUGUGGAUGGCACCAGAGGUGAUUCGAAUGAAGGAUCCUGCUCCGUACUCCUUUCAGAGUGACGUUUACGCGUUUGGUAUUGUCCUGUAUGAACUUGAAACUCAACAAUUGCCCUACAGUAAUAUUAACAACAAAGACCAGAUCUUGUUCAUGGUUGGCAACGGUUUUCUUAAACCUGAUAUGGCGCAUGUUCGAAAAGAUGCACCAAAAGCUCUGGUGCGUCUCACUGAGGAUUGCAUAAAAUUCUGUAGGGAUGAUCGACCUCUGUUCAGACAGAUCUUGGCAUCGCUGGAGUCUUUGAUGAGGUCAUUACCUAAGAUUCAUCGUUCUACUUCGGAGCCGACUUUAAAUAGGACGCAUUUGCAGAGUGAAGACUUCCUGUUUGCCUGCGCUUCACCAAAGACGCCAUCGCAGUUUGGAAACCAGCCAAGUUUUACCUUCUUCUCUGCUACCGGGAACUUCUAAGCCGAAAGUGUAUACAAGAGCAUGUAGAAGAAGUCUAAACAACGCAUGUAAUUAUUCCAUAAAAUUUGCCGUUGUAGCUACUACAGAUUUGCAUUAACCUAAAGAAAGGCAAAAAAGACAUCCAUUGAUGUUGUUAUCAAUAACAUUAUUGAGCAGAGAUCAACAGAAACUAUACAGAAGGUUAAUACAUUUAACAUAACAACAAAACGCAGUGAUUUCAAUAUCAGUCAUUGCUCCACGCUUUACGCUCCGUGAAUCGCGGAAGCGUCAACAUUUUUUUCCUAACGGCAAACCUAGCUAUGAUCGUGCUAUGGAGCCAACUGUUUUACCUAAGAUGAACAACAACUUCGCCAAUAAUAUGUGAGAUACAGGGUGUAAGUAUGCAUCCUACACCAUCUAUGUCUAUGUCGAACACUGACUGAAGGAGCUUCGUUCUCACGAAAAAACCCAGAAUGGUGAAAUAGAGAGUCGGAUCUAGCUGGUUUAUUACAUAUGUGUAUAAAUAAUAUUCUUGGAAUUCUAAAAACUAGGCGGAAUAUAUAUGUGUACAUACAUAAAGAACGGCGCUGCUAUAUGCGACAAGGCUUAUAUGGGCCAUUUCAUUUUUUUUUAUGCAAGAAAACGUUAAUUUUUAAUUUCAUUAUUAUCAAACAUUCUGAAUUUUUCAGAUGUACAUGGAUCAGUACAAUGCAAAUUUGCGUUAAUGGAUUUUUUCGUUGCACGAAUUUCAAAAGUGGGGCUAUAUAGGUCAGCUCUUUUUUCGCAUUUCACUGAACAAAUGACCAGGUAAUUUUUUUCUCUAACAUAGUUUCGAUAUUUUCAAAGCAACAUUUUUAAAGACAUUAAAUUGAUUUAUGUUACGUAAUCGCCCUAAGGAUAUGGGUCAGAGCGAGGUGGGGCUUUAUGGACCACUGCAUUUCGAAUACACAAGAAACAGGAUGCUGACGAUGCUAACUUUACGGAGCAGUUGAAAGAAGUAAGUGGCCUUAGAGUACGACUCAGCUUAGCAAAAGUGCGUAUAUGCGCGUGUAUAUGUAUAUAUGUCAAUUUAAACUAAGGCAUCGUAGCUUUGCACUCGUUGUACUACAUGUCAACACCUAUUGCGGAUGAACAUACUCAUAGAUUAGAAUUUGCCACGGAUAAUUAUUUGUACCACAAUCACACAUAGCCAUGGUAGUUAUACAAGUUUCAGUCUGGUCAAGUUAGUUUUCGAAAAUGAUGCGCGCUGUUCUGUUUUUUCUUCCCUCCCAAACAAAAUGCAACUUGUAGAGUCUCAGUACCUAGACUAUUCCAAAAACAGUAAAUCUACAUGGAAUUUUGUCACAUUACGUAACAGAACUUCAUGUGGGUUGCCAAAUCGUAAUUUUUGACUUACUAAACGUUAAUUUUCGAUCUAACUAGACAGUAAAUGAUAGUAAAUAAAAAUCAUCGGCUUCUCUAGUCAUAAUCAUAAGCCUUUCUUAGAAAAGAAAUAUUUCCUUUAAGCUUUGUUAAAUGACAGACUUUCUCGCACAAAAUCAUUAGUGGCCCAUAUAGCCCCACUUUAGGUUAAUUAUUUAUUAAGGACAUAAGUGUUUUUGAGUGAACUUUUCUUGAAAAUGAAUGGAUUGAACUCACUCAGUUACAUAAUAGAAGAACCUUUGACGAAUAUACUGAUAUCAUAUUUUUGUUUUCCGUUAUAAAGGUUGUUUUUAACUGUAAAAUUUGCCUAUUUAGCCCUACCCUCUUCUCUCUCUUUAGAUUAUAUAUAUAUAUAUAUAUAUAUAUAUAUAUAUAUAUAUAUAUAUAUAUAUAUAUAUAUCUAGUAAUAUUAAAUUGACUAACUUCCACUAACAUUAUGUAAAUUUAUUAAUAACAUCUAUGUAGAACUACCAAAAACAAUAAUGAUUAUAGCAGAUAGGUAGCCAAAGCCGAGAACAGACAGAAUCAUUAAUGACGAUAUCGAGGCACCUGUUUAAGGUCAGCAGUAAAGCACAUGCUGCUGCCUAUUUGGCUAUUUGUGGAACAUUGGAGUGAUUUCCUGAAGGUGGUGGAUAGUGUUGGAGUAGAAGCAACGCGGCAUUGUUGACUUGGUAACCUUAGAUCCGUUGAUAUCAUUAAGAUUGAAUACCCAUUAUGAAGAACAACAUACAUACAUGUGGAGUAGAGAAUGGCUUAAGUGCACGAUAUAUAUAUAUAUCGGUGUCUUAAAAACAGGAGCCCGACUAAGUGAUGUGGUGAUGGUGGAACGGCAUUGUAUGUAAAUAGUAUACUGGGCGAAUAUACGGCGGCUGGAAGACUGCUGUCUUGCGGUAAAUGCUAUUCGAUGAACAAGGUGGACAGAGGUGGAAAAUGGUGCAGAACGGAGCUUGAAAAACCUGGAAAAUUGUUGACGUCAGUCUCAUUUGCAAAGAAUGAAAUGAUACGACAGGACAUCUUUGCAUCGAUAUAAACGCUCCAACGGAGUGCAAAUUGCUUUAUAUUAACGCUCCUCUUUAUCGCUAUCGGGCAAGCUAACAGCAAAGCAAGCGUUUUCGGUUACCAUUGCUAUUACGGUAACGAACAGCAAGUAAAACAGAGGAUAGCAACGUCCUAAGGAUUUUGAAGCCUAGCAAAAUAAUGGAAUCAUUAACCUGGACUCAUAAAGUGGGUGAAUACUGAUUAGAUAAGGAAGAAACAGCUGCCAUAUAUUGAAAAGGAAUCCUAUUUGGUGUUUUCUUUAAGUUAGGCGUUAAGCCGAAGAAGUAUAAAUGAAUGCUUUAUGAAUACGAUAAUAUCAACCAUCAAGCCGAGGUUUAAUGCAACAGCAAGUAAAGUUCGAAAUUUAUUGGUUAUCUGUUAGACCAGCCGGGUACUCGCAAAUUUUUUAGGCAAUUAGCCGUGAUAGGUAUUGUGUGAAAGUUUAUCCCCGCUUGAAGUUUUGCAUCUUUUAUCAUGAAAUCAAGGCAUAUUCCCUUAGAAAAGGUUUUUCCAAGAUUCUUCGAAUGUGAACAUAUGCUCUCGAAUCCCUGAAUCAACCUGAACUUUCCCAGAUUGAGGGUCCGAAGUAGUUAUCUCCCGAAACAAGUGUUAUCUAGCCAACUAUGUUGAGCCGGCGAGAAAUGACGAGAAAUGGGGGGGGUGUACGAUAAACGAACGAAGUGAGGUUUUUCCGUGAAUGGAAGCGAUUCAAAGGAUUAGAUGCUUCUGAGGCUAAGAAAACGCAAAGGACAGAGGACCCAUUUGUACAGAUUUAUGAUAUCUUGCAUUGACAUUUGUAUAGCGCAAGUGCUGUAAGGUUGAGUACACGAAUGAUAUAUAAGUAACACUAUUAACAACAAUAAUAAUGAUAAAAUAAAUCGCUGAACUAAA